AUGGAUUAUUGGACCAAUAUUGAAAAACAUGUCCGAUUGGAUGCUGAGCCUAUGCAGGACAUGAUGCCCAUCAACUUGCAUUCGUCCGAGUCUUUGGUUGCUGAUGAGGUCAACACUCAGUUAAGAACUAUGGGAAUGCGAGUUCGCAAAGUUAUUGCCGGUGGGUACCAGAUUACCAAGAAGCCAACGAUGCCCAUCUAUACUCAUGAACAGGGACAUCAGGUACUGCCAGUGAACAUUCAGCCAACCAUCGCGCAGCGUGUCGAUCUGGCUGCUGCGAAUGACAAGCGCCAGCGCAACCUUGACGAGUUUUUUACCAGGAAACAAUAAAGUUGUCCAACUGUCGAUGACACUCGGAUACUUUUGCCUGCAGAGUUGCUAUUUCCUUAUGGAUUUCUUCUGUGUAGCUACUUUGAUCCGUUUCGUUUACUAUGGGCAUAGUUUAGUCAAGGAGCUGGUUUGAUGCCAAUAUCAUUUUACUGUUCAUUUUCAAUUCAAACCAUCAGCCAUUCUAAAAUUUUCGUAUGUUGAAUAAAAUACGAUUCAUGGA